AUGGGGAAGAUCACCAAGACGAUGCAGCCCAAGCACGAGGAGACUUUGUCUCCUUGGCUGAGGGACUUUGUUCAGUCUGCCUCUUCGACCUCUCUUCCUCUUCUCCCUGCCCGCCUUGCCACAUUCCCGACGCGAUGGCCCUUCCCGAGAGGCGACCUUUACCACUGGAUCCCGCUUCUCAACCGUUUCGACAAUAUCCUCGAAGUGUUUACCACGACCUACAACCUCACCGAUGGGCCUCAGACCCGCGAGCUGGGCUGCGACGUCCUCCUCAAUCGAGACUCCAAAAUCGUCGACUAUGGGGACCAGAAGUGGGACAUGGAUCUCCUGCGCAAGCACGGGUAUCAGCAGGAUGGUGACCGCCAGCUUGUCGAGGUUAUUCUCAAGUUCACCCGUGUUCUGCUCGAGCACUGCGGCAACCGAAGCAUCUACGCCAGCAGCGGUCACUUGAACGACUUGCUGAAUACCACUUGCCUGCCGCUCAUCAUCGCUACUCUCGAGGUGGGCACCGAGCUGGCCAAGCGAUACCAGGCGUCCGUCAAGCGAAUCGGCAGCCACUCCCGCCAUGUCAGCACCGCCCUGCUGUCGAAUCACUACAACAUGGACCUGGGCCGCGUGCAGCAACUAGCAUCUCCCUUCGUCAAGACGCCCCUCGCAUCUCUUUCCGAAGGUGGCCCGUCGUCGGGAACGCCCCGAUCCGCCAAGGGCAAAGAGAAAGAGAAAGAGAAAGAGAAGGAGAAGGAGAAGGAGAAAGCACACCACGUCACUGCCCAGAAGAAUGCCGCCGCCAUGUUCGCAAAUGACCUGACUGCCAUCGCCAGCGACGACGCCAGCCGUUGGAAGGGCUGGGGGGACAUCAAAGUGACCUACACCGUGACCCCCCCGCUUCGGGAUCCCGCAUCAGCAGCAGCCACGGUAGACCGUGCGCACUCUUCUUCCAAUGCGCCUUCCACGCCAACUCCGCUUCGCCGGAGCACAACGAUGGGUGGUGCCCCCACGCACCAGACUCCGAGGUCUGCUCGUCACUUCGCGAGCGAGGAGUCCCCCCCGUCUUCCAUCAUACGCUCUCCCGCCCUGCCAAGCGAACAACCUCUUUCCAACCAGAAGGUCUUCGACAUCCCCGAGUCCGUCGUUGCGUCAUCCUCCAUUCAUGACCUCCUUGCCCGAUGUCCCGCCGAUCUCCCGGCCCAGACAAGAUACGAUAUCCUGAAUAGGUUCCGAAUCGCAAAGGCACUCCUCGGCGAUGCAGAGUCCCGCCGGCAAGCCUUGGCUGUGCGACUCUUGGCCAUCAUGAAUCUGGCAUACAUCCAUCAGGAGGCAACCUUCGUGGAGAAGGUCAUGCGGCCCGAUAUCGACGAGAUUCGUCGAUUCCAGCUGGUCUAUCAAUUGGCUGAACUGAUCCACCCGUCCGCCGACGGCUCGACCCCCGUGCCUCUAUGGCUGCAGUCGAUCGCCUUGGGUUUGCUGGGAGCCAUUUCUAACUUCCAGGCUCGCUGCCAGGACGUCUUGUCCGCCGUAAAUGCCAACGUCAACCACGGCAUUCUGCUCUAUGUCAUCAGGAAGGCAGUGGCCGGUAUGAAGCCGGAUGAUCCACCCGACCAAGGCGACCAGACCACCGAGGAGGAUACCUGGCGUAACAAGCUCUUCUCCCUCACCCAGCACUUGGCCAUGUCCACUAGGGUGGGCGCCGAGAUGGUCGGCGCUGGCCUCAUGGACGUUCUAGUCGAGAUCCUGAAGCUCCGGUCCAACGUGGCUCGCCGCAACCAGUCCACCAUCCUGAGCUUUGUUGACGCCUUGAUCUGGUCCUACCAGAAUGCCUUCCAGGCCUUCUUCAACGGUGAUGGGCUCAACGCCAUCUCCGACUUGGUCGUCACCUCCGUCGAGGAAGCGAAGCAGUUGGCCGAGUCGGGCCAAGGCACCCAGCCGGAGCUCCACUCGUCCAUCGUCGACUAUCAGGUCCCGUUCUACCAGCAGCAGACCCUUAAGUGGCUUCUCAAGUUCAUGCACCACAUGAUGACCAACUCGUACAGCAUCGGCGGCAACACCGAUCGCCUGCUGCGAAACCUCGUGGACAAGUCCGACUUGCUGGCGAGCCUCCGGGAAAUGAUACUGCACUCCAAGCGCUACGGCUCAGUUCUGUGGACGAAUUCGGUCACCGUCUUAAGCGACUUCAUCAACAACGAUCCUACCAGCUACGCCGCCAUUGCCGAAUCGCGCAUGAUUGUUGCUUUCCUCGAGUCCAUCACCGGCAGGCCGGUGCCCGAGCAGCCGACAGUGGCUCGCACCGACGAGGCAGCGGGCCGCGACGGCAGCGCCGCCGCCGAUCCGUCACAGCAACUGGAUAGCCAGGUCACCUUGGAGCCCGACACCAGGCCGCACCCGCCCCCCGAGGACGUGCUGGACUCGCAAGUAGGUCGACCGCUGGCGCAGGGCAUUCUCGCGAACCCCGAUGCGAUCCUCACUAUCCCGCACCUGUUCAACUCCAUUUCGCUCAACAACGCCGGCCUGAAGAUGGUCGUCUCGUCCGGAGCUUUUGAGGCCUUCUUCGAGAUUUUCGAGAGCCCGAAACACGUUGCCUGCCUAGAAGGCGACCAUCGCUUAGCCUCCAACGUUGGCGAAACCUUUGACGAGUUGUGCCGUCAUCACCCUACCCUGAGGAAUCCCAUUUCGGCCGCUGUGACCGACUUGGUUGCAAGAAUACGCCAUCUGGGGAAGGUGGAAUCCCGGACGGCCGGCUUGGGACUCAGCCUGGGUCUGAACGACGUGGCCGGGAACUUCGUGCCCGCCGAUCAGGACCUGCUCGGGCGACUGUCGACCCACUCGGCCCCGUCUCCCGGCGACAAAGGCAAAGGCAAAGGCAAGGCUCCCGCUGACGACCAGGACAUUGAGAUGACCGAUAGGCCGGCGACUGCGGAUGGCCAUAGCAAGAACGAGACAAAGACGACCGCCGACGUCGCGCCUGCCGCAAAUAAACCCUCGGCAUUCCACCCCUACAUCCGCGCCCUCUGUCUAUUCCUGUCCACCUAUUUAAGCAACAGCUCUCUCAAAUCUCUCUUUAUUAACCGCGGGGGUAUUGAGCAGCUCCUGGACCUUGCCGAGUCACCGAGCCUCUCCCUCUCCUUCGACGUUUCAUUCAACGAUGACGACGACGUUUGGCAUGGACUGACCGGCGUCAUCGCCCAGCUGGUCGAUUACGCACCAGUGCUGGCAAUCCCGUCCAUCUUGACUCGCGCCCAAGCCGCCGUCGACGUGCUGAAGCCACUCGUAGACGCUCGCCGAGAGGACCGGCCUUACUUCGCCCCUUUCGUUGCGUCUGACACGACGGUCACGGCGGAGCAAGCCGCUGGCUGGGAUGCCGCAACCAAGGACAAGAUCAUGUCGGGCAGCAAGAUGGCCAAGGCCUUGAUGACCCUCGAAUUUUAUCUUAAGAUGCUAUUCGACUGUGUCUCUUCGAUUCCUAGGUCCAACAUUGUCUCCUUCUAUCCCAUCAACGUCUUCGAUCAGUAUCUCCGUCUCGUCAAGUCCCUUGGACCCCUCCUGCAAGCGGUCUGCAACGAAGAGGACGCUAUCUACGAAGCGAUCCCUCCGCACUGGAGGCCGACGCCUCUUACGGCCUUGCGGGGCAAGUUGACAUCAGAGCAGGCCAAGUCUAUGGAGGCAAAGGAUGCAUUGUUCGUCGACUCGGCUCUGCCCCGAGCCGCCGCCCAGGAUGACACAGGAGAAAGCAAAGACGAGGGAUCGGCCGCCGAGCCGAAACGGCUUACGAAGCAGGAAGAGGCGAGUACGCGAUUCAAGAAUUAUCAGAUAUUGCGCACUCUACUACACACCAUGCAUCCUUUUGCGUGCCCGUUCCUCCAGCAGCUGGGCAAGGCCGUCUUUCCCCGUCGGGAGCGGGACCCUUUCUCUAGACAACAACACACCGAGAUUACGAAGGCCGUUGCCGCCUGUAUCCUCGACCAUCUGCGGACGUCUGUGGCUCAAGAGGAUCCCCCCGUCAAUGUGCGCCGCCAGUGGCUUCUCCAGCUUCACACGCUCGGCGAGAUCAUAAUCGAUACCCAUCCACGGUCGACUGAGCGCUCUCCCAUCCACAUCAACACCCCGGUGUACGUCGCCUUCAUUCAGCAGGGUGGAUUCGACGUCCUGAUGACGCUGGCGCGGCGCUGUGCAGACACGUUGCGGAACAGCGAACAGCGGGAACGCCCGGAACGGCUGGCUUCGGUUGGGCUGAAGAAGGUGCUCAAUAUCUUCGCCAUGGUGGUCGACGGCAAAUGUAUGCUCGACGCAACCACGCAGUACGGUCUUCUUCCGCGCACCACCGAGAGGUCCGCCGAGCGGCGAGAUCCGGCAUUGAUCUCCCAACAGCUCCUCCUCGAGGCGCGUAUGGCUGUGUUCCCAUUCGUCCGUGAGAUCUGGGAGUCCCCUUUCCUCGAGAAGGAGCAUCCGGAUACUCUCCACAAGGUCAUGGAUAUCCUCAAGACAAUUUCCCUGGGAGACAACGAGCCGAGCCAAUACCACCCCAUCGUGGACGACAUCUUGAAGAAGUCACCGGCCCCAUUCAACUGGGUGCAGGCCCAACCAGCCAUCACCAACCUUGGUGAAGAAUACGAUGCCGACUUGACUCGCGAAGCCGUGUACAGGGCCAAUGGGAACCAGAAUACUGCCUCGGAGUACUGCCGUAUGCACUCGUCACAUCUGGCUGGACCGCGGAAUCCCGUGCCUCCGGAGGACGCGUACACCCAACCCUCAGCGCCGGCCCAUCCAGCGACUGAACCUAUGGCCAUAGAUGACGCGCCGCCCCCCGAACUAGACAACGUACUGGGUGAGUCGAUGCUGGCCGAAUUGGAAGACCACUCCUCCCGAGCGUCGGAUGACGAGGAGGACGAAGAUGAAGACGAUGACGACGAAGACGACGACGGCGACGGGGACGGCGACGGGGACGGUGCUCAUCGUGGCGCCUCUGUCGGCGAUGGCAGCGCUCAGAACACUACAGACCUUCGUACCGUUACCAAGCAAGAGCUGGAUAGUCAGAGGGAAGCGCUACGGAAGGAUCUCAUCUCUCGAUCCUUGGAUAUUAUCCGAGCUCAUCCGGCGUCUGCUUUCGAGGUUGCCGAGCUGAUCCGCACAGUGGUGUUCUACCGCCCUAACGCCGAGAUCCGGGAGGAAGUUGGCGUGACGCUGGCCAGCGCGAUCACUUCCAUGGCCUCCGACAGUGGGCAGGUCGCGUCAGAAGCCGAUGGACGUACCGUCGCUGCGUACGCCCACUUGUUCGCCCUGCUUUUGCUCGACAGCGCUUUCAUGAAGGCCAAUCUGGACACGCUCCGAAGCAAUGUGGACGCGUACAUCGGCUUCCUCAAGGUAUCGCCGGCCAACUCCAAGGAGGAGCUGCCGCCGUGGAUUCCCUACGUCUUGCUCAUUGUCGAAAUGCUCCUGUCCCAGGACGAGAAGCCGAUCGAGGCGUCGUGGAAGCCGCCCGCGAGUGAGAAUGAGGAGGUUCAGCCUGCCGUUUUCCCGCCACAAGAUGCUAUUGUUUCGAGCGACCAGCAAAGCGACAUGCUCGACAGCAUACUUGAUUUACUGCCUCGGCUCGGCAAAAACGAUGUUUUGGCGACCUCUAUCCUCCGGAUUCUCGUCAUCAUGACACGGAAACGGGCUCUCGCGCGUAGAGUGGGGGACAAGAAAAACCUGCAGCGACUUUUCGUGAUGGCCAAGCAGCUUGCCGGGGGCAGUUCAAACCCACUGAAAGAUCCGAAGACGUCCGGCUGCAUCAUGAACAUCCUCAGGCAUGUCGUCGAGGACGAAGAGACGAUCAAGCAGGUUAUGCGGGCUGAAAUCCGCAAUCUGUUUGAGAACCCGCAGCGAAGCCAGCGCAACCUGGACCUCCACACCUAUCUGCGCAACCUCGCGCCGGUCGCGCUUCGUGCACCCGACCUCUUCGUCGAAGUCACCAACGAGAUGACGAAGCUGACCCGCUGGACGCCGGCCAACGAAGGUAGCAGCCGUCCUCACCAGCUGGCCUUGAAAGAGGAGGCGAGCUCGACCGCCGAGACGGCACAAAGUAAAGAAGAGGGUGUUGAGCCGGCCGUCCAGGCUACCGAGGACCUGUCUCUCCACGACAUCAAGCCGUCGACCGAGACUGGCGACAAGGACAUGACGGACGCUCCGAAGCCCGCCAUCCAGAGGCCGAUCGUAGAGAACCCGGAUGGCGUCGUUCACUUCCUCUUGUGCGAGCUACUGAACUACCGCGAAGUUGAUGAUAAGGAAGCGACACUGCCCAAGAGCUCGAAGGACAGCAAGGCGGAGGCGACUGCUUCGGCCUCCGCGUCGUCCUCAUCCCAAGAAAAGCCGGCCGAGACCCAGGCAUCGGACAACACGGACGGGAAAGAGAAGAAGUCGUCCAAGGUGACGUUCAAGGCGGAAGAACACCCAAUCUUCAUCUACAGGUGUUUCCUCCUCAACUGCCUGUCGGAACUCCUCCAGAGCUACAACCGAGCCAAGGUCGAGUUUAUCAACUUUAAGCGAAGCGCUCCCUUGCAAACAAACACUCCCGUCAAGCCCCGGUCUAGCGUACUGAACUACCUCAUCCAUGACCUCCUCUGCCAAAGCGGCCAUCCCGACGGCACCGACAACGUUCUGUCGAAGAAGAAGGCCGCCACUUCGAGCCAGGCGCAACAAGUACUGGUAGCGUUAGUGACCAAGACGGCCGAGAAAGUCAUCGACAAGCGGCGCGAGCGUUUCGAAUACGAUGACGACCCCGAUCUUCUUUUCGUCAGAAAGUUCGUGUUGGACACCAUUCUCAAGGCUUACGAACGAGCUUCCACCCCGGACGAGCCGCUCGAGACGCGACAUGCGAAGAUGCAGGGCCUCGCCGAGCUGAUGAACCACAUCAUCGGCGAAAAAGAUCGGGACCCGCCCACCUCGGUAAGGGGUAUGGACUCUCCUCAGGUGCGCUCGCAAGCUCAGCUCCGACGCAUGAUGUACGAGAAGGGCUACCUCGACAAGCUCACCUCGUCUAUUGCGGACUUGGAUCUCAACCAUGCCGGUGUCAAGCGAUCCCUCAAAUCAGUGCUCCGCGUCCUCCGCAUCCUCACCGGCACGGCUAAGGAGCUGAGCCGGUCCAGUGUCAUGCCCUCCACUGCUCUCCCAGAUGCUGCUGAUGACGAGAUCAUGUCGUCCUCCUCCGUGUCUGACGUUGAUGAUGACCGGGAGGAGACCCCUGAUCUCUACCGCAAUUCAGCCCUGGGAAUGCUGGAGCCUCGCGGGAGUGACGACGAGUCAGACGAGGAAGAUGACGACGAGGAGAUGUAUGACGACGAAUAUGGCGACGAGCUUGAUUACGGCGACGAAGAAAUUUCCGAGGACGAUGAGAACCGCCUUAGUGAUGACGAUGAAGAGCUCGGGGAGAUGGGCGAGAUUGAGGGCCUCCGCGGCGAGCCCGGGGUUGUCGAAGUCGUCAUGGAUGACGAUGACGAUGAGGAUAUGGACGACGACGAGGACUUGAGCGACGACGAUGAUGACGAACUCGGGUCCGAAGAUAUGGAGGACCUAGAAGACCACGUCGAGGUGGUUGAAGAGAUCGUUGACCAUGACGGCAACCCCAUGGAAGACGACGGUGAUUCCGACUGGGAGAGCGAAACGGACGAAGACGACAACGAGGACGAGGAAGAUAUCGACUACGGGGGAGAAGAGCAAGACUUUGAAGAGGCACACAUGCAUGGCAUGGAAGAAAUGGAACCCGGCGACAUUAUCGGCAGCCUCGCCCGUGCCGUCAUGGAUCCGGAGGACGACUUUGCCGAGCCGGAAGGGAUGGAUGAACUCGACGGCCAUUAUCUCGACGAUGGGCGUCCUGAUGACGAGGAUGAUGACGAGGAAGAUGAUGAUGACAUGGAGGACGAAUAUAUCUACGACGAGGACUAUCCCCACGAUGUAGCCAUCCCCGUCAACGUCCCCGGACACCUCGGUUGGGAUACUCUCGUUGUUGAACCUUUCCCUCCUCAUGGCCAUCACCGACAUCGCCAUGGUCAACGGAGCCCCUUCCAGCCAGGAUUCAUACCUGGCGGUCCUCGCGACCCUCUCGGAGGCAGGUCCCCUGCAAGCAUUUUCCGGGCUCUUCUUAAUGUCAUCGACCCUACAUCCGGCCUCGAUGCUAACGAUGCUUCAGACUUCCGCAGCUAUCUCUCUCGGCGGCCACGGCCUAGCGGUCCGCAGAAUGCUGCCGACGAUGGCGUCAACCCGCUGUUGCGACGCGGUGACCAGAAUCCGGACCUUGCGUCUCGCCCUGGAGCCGGAGGUCUUAAUUUCGUUGGGCUCACCUGGCCGCCAGAGAUGUUGAUGCCGGGCGUGGGAGGAGGACGAGCGGGAGGGUUCUUUGACAGCCCCAUUGCCCUCCUGAACGAUAUUGUCGCGUCCCUCCCCGUCAUGCGAUCAGGCCCUCCCGUCCGGCUCCAAGUCACCCAACCCGGUGGUCGCGGCGAAGUCCGAGAGUACCAUUUCGGACCCCGUGAAAUGCGACCCGACAGCCGCCGGGACGGGAUUUAUCAGGAACCGCAGCAGGCAGUCGCCUUCAACAUUGUGUCCACCUUCGAGCGAUACCAGGAAGAAGCGAGGAUGGUCUUCGGCGGUCCCCAGUGCGUCGAGAUGGUGCAGAAGCUUGUCAACCUCAUCCUCUCUGAACUCGUCCCACCGGCUAUGGAACAGGAGAAGAAACUCAAGGCCGAAGAGGAAGAGCGACGACGCGUUCGCGAAGAAGAACGGAAGAAACGCGAAGAGGAGGAGCGUCGGGCGAGGGAAGCCAAGGAAGCCGAAGAACGGGCUGAACGAGAAAAGAAGGAAGCCGAGGAGCGGGCAGAACGCGAACGUGCUGCUGCGGCUGCAGCACCACCGGCUCAAAGCGACACGCGCGAAGGAGGCGAAGGGUCUCAAGCCAUGGAGGGAGUGGAAACACACGGCCCUGCCGAGACAUCAACCACCGAAGCACGACCUGCGGAUGUGCCUCGCGUUGUUACCACCUUGCGGGGCGAGGAGGUCGACAUCACCGAGCUUGGCAUUGAUCCUGAAUAUCUUGCCGCGCUCCCCGACGAGUUCAGAGAAGAGGUCAUUGCGCAGACGGUUAGCUCCCGCCGCUCCCAGGCGCGCGAGGAGGCUGCGGCCGGCGAACAGCCUGCCGUCUUCCAGGAAUUCCUCGAUGCACUGCCAGAGGACAUCCGCACGGAGAUUGUGCAGCAGGAACGUCAAGAGAUCCGUCGCCGCGAGCGGGAGGAGCAACGCCGUCAAGCUGCAGGAGGCGGGCACGAAGCCAUCGCCGCCGACAUGGACGCUGCCAGCAUCCUGCUCACGUUCCCGCCCGAACUUCGCCAUCAGGUUCUCCUAGAACAGGGAGAGGAAUUUAUGGACCAGCUGCCUCCCGACAUGGCGGCCCAGGUUCGCGUUGCGCCUCGUCUGGGCGGUGCUAGAAGCCCACCAUCCGGCGGUGCGCCCAGACCCGGCCAGCAGGAAGGUGCAGCGGGCCAGCCGCAAGCAGCCAAGGUGCAGCGCAAGACGGUGGUGCAGAUGCUAGACAAGGCCGGCAUCGCGACCCUUUUAAGGCUCAUGUUCAUCACGCAGUACGGGUCGAUCCGAAAUUAUCUAUUCAGUGUCCUGUCGGAUGUUUGCGAGAAUCGGCAGAACAGGAUCGAGGUCGUCAGCACCGUCCUCUCGAUCCUCCAAGAAGGAAGCACAGACAUGGACGCGGUGGAGCGCAGCUUCAGCCAGCUGUCUCUCAAGGCGAAGAAACCGAAGGAGAAGGAUGCCGACCCGAAGACGCUGCAGAAUCUUAAGCGCACUCUGACGUCGCUGAGCUCGGUCUCCAAUUCCCAAACCAACUCGGAAAUUUCGCCGCUCUUGGUCGUGCACCAGUGCCUCGACCUCCUGCAGGAGUUGUCGACGAAGAACCCCCAUAUUCCCAUGCUCUUCCUCACCGAGCACGAGAGCGUCGGGUCGUCGCUGAAGCGGUCGCUCAGCCGCAAGGGCAAGUCGAAGGACUCCAAGGCGCAGAAGUAUGCCAUCAACUCGCUUCUCUCGCUCCUGGAUCGCGAUCUGGUCAUGGAAAGCUCGGUGGUCAUGGCGUACCUGGCUGAUCUCCUCAACAAAAUCACGGCUCCCCUGGCUGCCAUGGAGCGCCGCCGUCGGGAAGCCGCCGAGAAGGAGAAGGCGGCAGCGGCAGCGGCAACGGCAGAGGAGAAGGGGACGGAGGAGGCUCCCGCUGCGGAGGGUGCGAGUGCCCCUACUGCCGGCUCGACGAGCGCCACCUGUGCCCAGGCCGCUGGGCCAUCGUCCUCUGGUGGCGCCACCACCGACGCGCCUCCCACGUCCGCAGAGGCCCAGCAGGGCGGUGAUGGUGAGCGCAACAAGGACGGACCCGAAAGCUCCCCGGUCGCCGAAACGAAAGACUCGAGCCAGAAAAAGGACCGGCAGAUGCAGGUGCCGGUGAUCCCGGCGCACAACCUCACAUUGGUGGUCAAGAUCUUCGUUGCACGCGAGUGCAGCUCCAAGACGUUCCAGAACACCAUCUCGGCGAUCAAGAACCUCUCGGCGAUUCCCGGAGCCAAGAGCAUCUUCGGGCAAGAACUGGUUCGGCAGGCUAGGUUGCUCAGCGAGAACAUCGUGUCCGACCUCGACGAUCUCUUGCCGCACAUCCUGAAGGCCACGUCGGGCACGGAGAUCCAGGGAGUGGCGUUGUCCAAGUUCUCACCUGGAGCGUCGGAACAGAACAAGCUCCUCCGGGUGUUGACGGCGCUUGACCACCUCUUCGACAGCAGGAAGAGGAGCGACACGGCGGGCGACGAGGAAGCGGCAAACAGCGAGAAGCAGGACCUGGUCCACUCGCUCUACCACAACUCGACGUUCUCCAAGAUGUGGGAGAAGCUGAGCGCGUGCCUGGGCGCGAUCCGCCAACGCGAAAACAUGGUCAACGUGGCGACGAUUCUGUUGCCGCUCAUCGAGUCUUUGAUGGUGGUUUGCAAGAACACGGCGUCGACGGAGAAGGCGGCGGCGGAUAAGGAGAAGGAGAAGGUCCUCUCCAGCCCGCCGCCAGAGUCCCGCAUGGCGGGUCUGUUCUUCAACUUCACGGAAGAGCACCGGCGGAUCCUCAACGAACUGGUGCGGAACAACCCGAAGCUCAUGUCGGGGACGUUCGCUCUUCUGGUCAAGAACCCGAAGGUGCUGGAAUUCGACAACAAGCGCAACUUCUUCAACCGCAGCGUGCACAGCCGGACGGGAGCGCAGCGGCCCUCGUUCCCGUCGCUGCAGCUGGCGGUGCGUCGCGAGCACGUGUUCCACGACUCGUUCCGGUCUCUGUAUUUCAAGUCGGGCGAGGAGAUGAAGUACGGCAAGCUGAACAUCCGAUUCCACGGCGAGGAGGGAGUCGACGCGGGCGGGGUGACGCGCGAGUGGUUCCAGGUGCUGGCGCGGCAGAUGUUCGAUGCCAACUACGCGCUCUUCAUCCCCGUGUCGUCGGACCGGACGACGUUCCACCCGAACAAGCUGAGCGGGAUCAACGACAUGCACCUCAUGUACUUCAAGUUCGUGGGGCGCAUCAUCGGCAAGGCGCUGUACGAGGGCCGGCUCCUCGACUGCUACUUCAGCCGGGCGGUGUACAAGCGCAUCCUGGGCAAGUCGGUGUCGGUCAAGGACAUGGAGUCGUUCGAUCCGGACUACUACAAGUCGCUGGUGUGGAUGCUGGAGAACGACAUUACGGACAUCAUCACGGAGACGUUCUCGGUGGAGGACGACGAGUUUGGGGUGACGAAUACGAUCGACCUCUGCCCGGAUGGGCGCAACAUUCCCGUCACGGAGGAGAACAAGCACGAAUACGUCCGGCUGGUGGUGGAGCACAAGCUCUUGUCGUCGGUCAAGGAACAGAUGGAGCACUUUUUGAAGGGUUUCCACGAGAUCAUCCCUGCGGAGCUCAUCUCCAUCUUCAACGAGCAGGAACUCGAGCUCCUGAUUUCUGGACUCCCCGAUAUCGACGUUGACGACUGGAAGAGCAACACCGAGUACCAGAACUACACUCCUUCGUCGCCCCAAAUCCAGUGGUUCUGGCGAGCUGUCCGAUCCUUUGAUAAGGAAGAGCGGGCGAAGCUGCUCCAGUUCGUGACGGGAACCAGCAAGGUGCCUUUGAACGGAUUCAAGGAGCUCGAGGGCAUGAACGGAAUUAACCGGUUCAAUAUCCAUCGGGACUAUGGCAACAAGGACCGUCUGCCGAGCUCUCACACAUGCUUUAACCAACUCGAUCUUCCCGAAUACGAGAGCUACGAAAUCCUCCGCAGUCAGGUGUUCAAGGCUAUCACGGCCGGCAGCGAUUACUUUGGUUUCGCAUAG